CCCACCCAAACAAACAAAGCUCAGCUGGAUAUUUUUUCCCCUCAGAAACGUGAACCAUCUCUCUCCUCUGCUAGCCGUUUCCCAUCAGCUAGCUGGACUUGUUUUCAGAGAAUGGCGCUCCUGUAUACCGCAGACGAUGUUUACCGUCUCUGUCUGUAACCUCAUCCAACUGACGGCUUGCUUGUAAUUUCAGCCAUUGCGCAACAGUGUCGGUGGGGUUAACCUAGCUAGCUGCCACUCUACAGCAGCAGCCGGUUUAGCAAGGCUGGGCAGAAAUGACGAGCGGUUUGACUGCGACCGUCUUCACUUUAAAUCAGGUGUGGUAACCACGGAUGACAGACCCGGUUUGGCUCCUGAUGUUGUGAAAGAUUUGUUGAGUCAAGCUACGUACCAGCUGCCUCUUAAAUUAACAACCCCCCCAGCCCCAUCUGUUUGCUUGUCCUGGGCUUUUCAAAACUCAGUUACUAUGAGUGCAAUGCGUGUGGAUGCCAAAGUGGUGAUGCUGGGAAAGGAGAGUGUGGGGAAGACCAGCCUGGUGGAGAGAUAUGUUCAUCAUCGCUUCUUGGUCGGCCCAUACCAGAACACUAUCGGUGCUGCUUUUGUUGCUAAACCAAUCCAGGUGGGAGAGAAAGUGAUUACCCUCGGCAUAUGGGACACAGCUGGAUCAGAGCGCUACGAAGCUAUGAGCAGAAUCUACUACAGAGGAGCUCGGGCGGCCCUAGUCUGCUAUGAUCUCACUGACAGCAGCAGUUUCCAGAGAGCUCGGUUCUGGGUGAAAGAGCUGCAAAACUGCGAGGAACACUGUAAGAUCUACCUGUGUGGCACGAAGAAUGACCUGAUUGAAGGAGAUCGGAGUUUGCGCCAAAUCGACUACCACGAUGUUCAGGACUUUGCUGAGGAGAUUGGUGCACAACAUUUUGAGACCUCCAGUAAAACAGGAAAUAACGUGGAUGAGUUAUUCCAGAAAGUUGCUGAGGAUUACAACAACACUGCCUUCCAGUAUAUGACAGCAGAGGAACCUGGCGUCGACUUGGGCCAGAAGAAAGACUCAUAUUUCUACUCCUGUUGUCACAACAACUGAUUCUGAGCAGCGGGAAGGGAAACACAAGUGGUCACAUUCCCUCAGCUGGAGUCAAACCUGGAAAUGCUGGAUGGGCAUCAGAUUUUUUGCUCUGGAUCUGGUAUCCAAGUGACAGAAAAAGAAAUCAAACGGUACUGUUUAUACCUUGUUAAAUAUGUUUAUUUCUUUUGUGCCAUAAAGAACUGUGGGCUACAAAGCUUUAUAGAAGAGGAUCCACUACGGCUGCAACUGUUACUGGGUGAAGAGGGAUUUAAAAACCAACACUUCCAUCUUUCACCCAGUUAUGUCCUGUGUUUUAUUCCCACAUCAGCUGGUCACCUCUCUGAGCUGGACCAUAUCAUGGAAUAAACAUAUGCCUAAAGCUGUGCUGUUAAACAGUCUGAAGAUGUGCUGUGGUUAAAAGAUGAUCUGCAGUGAUGAGGACGUUUAAAUGGUACUGACAGGAAAGAGGGAUCUGACUGAGUCCACAGUGGCAGAGAAAACUUGAUUGAUGCUGUUUAUUGUUGUAGCAAGUGCAGUGCUCCGGGAUGGUGAAUGUUUUGUUUACAGCAUUUAAUUUUUGUUUACUUUGAACUGCAAUUUACCUCAUUGUGGAAACCCAUUUGUUAGGCCUGCACAUCUUAAAUGAAGCCUACACCAAUGGAGUGAAUCCAAUGAGGGCAUGUGUCAAGAAACAAAACGAAACGCUCCUAUGUUCUCAGCCAUACUCCGUUGAAAUGAACACUUAUGAAACAUUGACAAAUCUGGUACAAUGCAUGAAUGAAAAGAUACCAGUGAUCUUUAUAAAGGCCUUUGUAUCCACAGUAGAAAUGGCAGGACCACGUGUGUGUUUACCACAACAUUACAACAACUUUUGCCAUGUGACAACUAUGGAUGUAUUAAGAGAGCUGAUGAGCCCCGCUACUGAGCCUUGCUGCUGAUUUGCUCCUGUGGCCACUUGUGGUACUGCAGUGCAAAAACAUUAAGCGGCCCAAAAAGCAUUUUUAGACCACUAAUAUAAAAGAGACAUCUCAAAAAACAUUAAAGCUGUUUUUAGUCGUGUGACACCAUCCCAAUAUAAAGUCCACGCAGCCAGCGAGAGAAACACUAAUACUCGAGCAGUGGGCCACACAAUUCAGGGGCACACCUGGAACCUAAAAGACAUUUUUGGCUUAUGCGCUUUCCAAGUAAUUUUUCAUUGAAACAAACAGGCGCCAUCUUGGAGUGUGGUAUCCAGUUCUUAUAAUACAUCCAUGCUGACAGUAUGUACAACAUGUAUCUGGUAAAUUAUCUUUUGCAACAUAAGCUAAGAUUCUGUCAAAAGGAAAUAAAAGCUGAUUUUAGGUGAUGGUUGCUAAAAUGUCAAGAUCUGUUAUAAAACUACAAGACCUAAACUGACUGGAAGAACAUUUGAAGACAGUUUCCUACAAGUUCUAUUUUGUAAUUCUAAAUGGCAUAUGUGGUAUGGUACACAUAUGGAAAUAUCAAAUGAUCUUUCUGUCAUUUCUUGCAGUGAAAUGUUCCCUUGAAGAUGAACUCUGAAAGGUUUUAGGAAAAACUCCACUUCUACAGAAAUGAUGAUGAUCAAUGUUCCCCUCGGCUUUGGUGACAAACUGUCGAUUUAACCAACACAGGAAAAAGCCUUGUGCGUGAAUGUUGUAAUAUGAUACAAACUGUCAUCUCUCAAUGUUCUCAGAACAGUAUUUACAUAUAUAUUUAAGAGUCAAGUCACUAAUUUAUUGCCUUUUAAGUUGUGUUGCCAGAUGUGGGGAAAUAAGUGGACACAAUCUCAGUCUCCCCCAUGUUGCUGCUUUGAUGUGUUCAUGUCAUAUGUGUUGAUAUUUUGAUGCACAAUAUUUUUAUUGCAGGCUGUUGAAGAGAGACUGGUGUAAAAUACAAAUAUGUAAAAUUAAAAGCUUAUUGAAAUAAUGUUUCAAAAUUCUGAUGGACCUUAAAUUUUACAGUAAUUUUUCUGCCCUUGUGUAUAAUAUGAGCUUUUUAUGCAUUUCUGUGGAAAAAACUGGCAAAAAUAAUGGCAAUAUAUUGUAAAGUGUAAAAUCAAGGGGUAUUGCGAAUCAUUACAAAUCCUAGCAUGAAUCCACUGUGGCCUGAAUUCGAGGCAUAGUGAAAACUUUUGUAUUCAGUUAAACUUUUUCAGCAACUUUUUAUUAUUCCACUUGCAAAAGUUUUUGCUGUUUUAAAAUAUCUCAUCUCUAUAACAUCAUCUCAUGUUGUCUGUCCCCACACUGAAAGAAAAAAAAUAAAUGAAAUAAAAGCUUGUGCCUCAAAAAGGGAUGUUACUAUAAGCCAAAUAAAAUCCCUUCAAACCAGUAAAACUGUUGCUGGAACAAAACAAGUAAAGACAAGAUUAGUGUUCACAGUUGACUUUUCCGUUCUGUGGUAACUUGUUUAGCUCAUCACCUGAACUUUCUAUUGCAAACUAUUUUCAAAAUAAAAUAGGUUGAGAGCGUUUUCAAAAACUACAAUUGGUGAUGCAUUGAGGGACACUCAGACAUGUUACACUUGAUUAUCAUUCGCCAAAAAGCAGGAAAAUCAUUUUAUAUGACAUUAAAUAAAGAAACAAAAUCAUGUUAUAGGGGAGCUGCAGGCUGAAAAAUGGCUUCAGAAGGUAUUAAAAAAGUAGAAUUUACAAAAGUCCCAUAUUUUCUCUUGCCUUUUAACAUUAGUUAUAUUUUUUGUACAUGUUUGUGGGCCUUCAGGAGACUUUAAAGUCAAGAGUUUAAGUCAGUGUCAUCAGACCCAGUCACCAUUGUGAGCUUUAGAAGCUAUGAGCUCACUCUCUGAUAAUGGCCAAAUGUCAAUUUUAGAAAAACCUAAAGAAACUUAAAUGGAUUCAUUAUUUUUAAAAUUGUUAAAUCCAUCAAUCAAUUUCUCGAUAUUUCUCCUGCCUGCAUAAAUUAAUUUAAGCUAAAUGACGGGUUAAAAUGCCAUUAUUUUAAAGCGCUCUGUAUCUGUAUUCAGCCUUCAUGAGUCUGAAUGUAUUUCUACAUGUUUACACUCAUUAUGAGUCUGGCUUGUGAUUUAUGAUUUAUUUUUGAACUUGAGUUGAGCUAUUUUCUUUGUGUGUGUGUGUGUUAGUGUUGAAGAAUUUUAUUUAAAUCUCUCCAUCAAUCUUUGUUGAAGCUGCCUUUUCUAUUAUUUUACCCAUGGUUCACCCACACUGGUGUUUUUACUUAUUGUGACUAAUCACGCCUCGUCUCUGGACUCUGUGGGUGUGAAGAAAGUGUGCUUGAUUUACAUCUCUGAUCUCUCAUGGUUGAAUCCAAAAACAAUUGUAACGUCUCUGGAAACAUUGCUGUAAAAAGUGAAAAAUAAAGUUUACCACAGCAUCUCCACUACAUGUCUCUGUUUGAUUAUCGGCUAAUAGAGAUUUAACUUGGUCCCAGAUCUCAAAUAGGUCUCGUCUUAUGAAACAAUUGACCAAUCAGAGGUUUAGUAAGUCAGACGCAUUUCCCAUGG